GGGAUAUAAACGCUUCGCCCACUCCUGGCUCCAAACCCUUGCGCCGCCGCCGCAGCAGCUACCUCCAGCGCCCUCGCCGUCGGCCGCCCUGCUUCCGCUACGAGCUAGGCGUCACCUUCGCGCCUUUCCAACAUGGGUAAGACACGUGGUAUGGGAGCUGGGCGCAAGCUCAAGACCCACAGGAGGAACCAGAGGUGGGCUGACAAAGCCUACAAGAAGAGCCAUCUCGGCAAUGAGUGGAAGAAACCAUUUGCUGGCUCAUCUCAUGCAAAGGGAAUCGUCCUUGAAAAGAUUGGCAUUGAGGCUAAGCAGCCAAACUCUGCUAUCCGUAAGUGUGCCCGUGUCCAGCUCGUGAAGAAUGGGAAGAAGAUUGCUGCCUUCGUGCCUAAUGACGGUUGCUUGAACUACAUCGAGGAAAAUGAUGAGGUGCUCAUUGCUGGGUUCGGCCGUAAGGGUCAUGCUGUGGGAGAUAUUCCUGGUGUCCGUUUCAAGGUCGUGAAGGUCUCUGGAGUUUCCCUGCUCGCCCUCUUCAAGGAGAAGAAGGAGAAGCCGAGAUCUUAAAAAUCGGUUCCCCCUUGCCGCAAUGAAACUUGUAGUGAAUGUUUUUGGGCCUGUGGCGCAGCUGAAGGGCUCUCUCAUAUCAGAACUCAUGUUAUGUCUGGAUGAGCAUCAGUACGACAGUGCCUGUAUGGCCAUAGUUUUGUUGAGAAGCAUCUGAAAUUGAAUUAUAAACUGCUUGGCGGUGUUAUGUUAUAUAUGGUCAUGCCUUGCCA